AUGGUGAUAGCUUGCUAUACUCACCUGCCGUUUUCAGUCGUGACAACUCAAGGUAGAACAGUGAGCUCAGCCAACACCCCCUCAUCUACGCCGACACCUGAAGAGCUCGGCUUUGAUCCAGAUGCGUUACGUGAAAAAUAUCGCAUAGAACGCGACAAACGCCUGCGGCCAGAUGGCAACAAUCAAUACACCGACGUUGUUGGCGACUUUACCCACUACGUGGACGACCCCUACGUUGAUACACCCAUCGAGCGCGAACCGCUGACCGACGAGAUGGACGUCAUCAUCAUCGGCGGUGGCUUUGGCGGCCUGAUUACCGGUGCACGCCUGCGAGAGGCAGGCAUUAAAAACAUCCGCAUCAUCGAAAAAGGCGGCGAUUUUGGCGGCACCUGGUACUGGAAUCGUUACCCUGGCGCCGCUUGUGACGUCGAGUCGUAUAUCUAUCUACCGCUGUGUGAAGAACUCAAUUUUGUACCCAAAGAAAAGUACACCCACGCCCCGGAAAUAUUGCAGCACAGCCACAAUAUCGGCAAAAAAUACCGCCUCUAUGAUGACGCCUGUUUCCAGACCGAAGUCACUGCCCUGAACUGGGAUGAGUCCAGCGCCCGCUGGAUCGUACAUACCAACCGUGGUGAUGCCAUGCAGGCCCGCUUUGUCGCCAUGUCUAACGGUCCACUUAACCGACCUAAGCUGCCAGGCAUAGCCGGUAUCAGCGAAUACCAGGGGCACACAUUUCACACCAGCCGCUGGGACUACAAUUACACGGGUGGCGGUCCAGAAGGUAACCUCGACAAACUGGCAGACAAACGCGUAGGCAUCAUCGGCACCGGCGCCACCGCGGUGCAAUGUGUCCCGCACUUAGGUGCAGCGGCCAGAGAAUUGUUCGUUUUCCAGCGUACGCCCUCGUCUAUCGACGUACGCGACAAUCGACCUACAGACCCUGAAUGGGCAGCAAGCCUGAAGCCGGGCUGGCAGCAGGAACGUAUGGAAAACUUCAACACCCUGACUUCAGGCGGCAUUGUUGAAGAAGACCUGAUUCAGGAUGGAUGGACCGAGAUUAUCCGCAACCUGAUAUCCAUGGCCAACUACCGCGGCAAAGACAUUCCCCGCGAUGAGAUCCCCAAACUCAUGGAGUUGGCAGAUUUCAAGAAGAUGGAGCAGGUGCGCGCCCGCGCUGAAGCCAUCGUGCAGGAUCCGGACACUGCUGAAGCGCUUAAACCUUUUUACCGUCAGUUCUGCAAACGGCCUUGUUUCCACGACGAAUACUUACCCACUUUCAAUCGGGAGAACGUUCACCUCAUUGACACCGACGGCAAAGGGGUUGAACGCCUCACCGCAACCGGAGUGAUCGCCAAUGGGAAGGAAUACAAGGUUGAUUGCGUGAUCUUCGCCACUGGCUUUGAAGUCGGCACCGACUAUACGCGUCGCGCGGGAUACGACGUGACGGGCAGAGAUGGCCUGACCCUCAGUGAAAAAUGGCGUGACGGCAUGCGCACCUUACAUGGCCUGCACAGCCGCGGAUUUCCAAAUCUGUUUAUCAUCAGUAAUGGUCAGGGUGCAUUUACCACAAACUUCCCCCACGCCAUGAACGAGUCCGCUAAACACAUCAGCUAUAUUGUCGAUCAAUGUCUGACCGGAAACAUCAGUUGCAUCGAACCCAGCCAGGCGGCUGAAGAUGCCUGGGUUGAGGAAAUCAUAUCGCUGGCAAGAUUCAGUGAAUCGUUCCAGGCGUCCUGCACACCCGGCUACUACAACAACGAAGGCAAGCCCAAUCCAAAAAGUGCGCAGAAUGCCAGUUACGGCAAAGGCCCGAACCCCUUUUUCGCCAAGAUGAAAGCCUGGCGGGAGGACGGCUCCAUAUACAUCACGACAACAAUAGGGCUGGCUGUCGCCUUCAUGCCCAUCUGGGGCAUGGCCGCAGCGCCCGGCGGCCCGCCACCCCCAACCGCCGUCAUUGUCGAGAACGUGGCCACCCAAACCAUCGCAGACACGCUCGAAGCACUGGGUACAUUGCGGGCCAACGAAACCGUCGAAAUUACUGCAAAAGUGGCAGACACCAUCUCUGCCAUUCGCUUUUCUGACGGUGAAGCAGUCUCCGCCGGCGAUGUACUGGUUGAACAGACUGAUGCAGAAGAGGCUGCAUUGCUGGAGGAAGCCGAAUCCCUGGCAGAAGAAGCCAAACGCCAGUUCGAGCGCAUCGAAAGCCUGGUUGCAAAAGGUAGCGCUUCAGAAUCGCUGCUGGAUGAGCGUCGGCAAACCUGGCGCACGGCAAGCGCGCGAGAAAGUGCAGUUCGCUCGCGCCUGAAAGAUCGCCUGAUCACCGCCCCAUUCAGUGGGCAUGUGGGUUUGCGCCUCGUCAGUCCUGGCGCCCUGGUUUCACCCGGCGAUGUGAUCACUACGCUGGUCGAUGACUCCAGCAUGAAACUCGACUUCACCAUUCCGGCAAUUUAUAUGGACACUGUGCGUGUCGGCACGGUCAUUGAUGCCACCACACCUGUUUACCCUCAGCGACGGUUCAACGGCAAAGUCAGCUCCGUCGACAGCACCGUUGAUCCGGUGACACGCUCAAUCACCAUCAGAGCCGUGCUGCCUAAUGAGGACCAUGCUCUGGUACCCGGCAUGUUGAUGACACUUGAACUGCGUCGCAAUCCGCGCAGUGCCAUUGUUAUAUCCGAGGAGACCAUCAUCCCUCGUGCUGGCGAAACUCACGUGCUGGUUGUUGACGAGACCGUCAGUCCGCCGGUUGCCCAGCAGCGCAGCGUGGUCUUAGGACGUCGAUUGGCGGGCAAAGUGGAAGUGCGUAGCGGUCUGCAGCGGAUGAUCAUUUCCGAUAUCUCCGUUCGCCGGCCGGUUUUUGCUGCCGUCAUUUCGCUGAUCCUUAUUGCUUUUGGCCUGAUCGCCUUCGAUCGCCUGCCCCUUCGCGAGUAUCCGGACAUUGAUCCACCUAUUGUCGGUAUCGAGACGGUUUAUCGCGGCGCUGCUGCAUCGGUUGUAGAAAGCCGAAUCACUGAGCAGAUUGAAGAACGCAUUGCCGGCGUUGAAGGCAUUGAGUUUAUCGAGUCCUCCAGCCAGGACGGCCGCAGCAACAUUACCGUCCAGUUCAGCGUCGGGCGCAAUGUCGAUGACGCAGCCAACGACAUUCGAGACCGCGUAUCCAGCGCCCUGGGUAGCCUGCCCGUAGAGGCAGAACCACCUGAAGUGCGCAAAGUAGACUCUAACCAAUCGGUAAUCAUGUGGAUCAACCUCGUCAGUGAUCGCCUCACCGUACCCGAACUCACAGAUUUUGCUGAACGUAACCUGGUCGACAGAUUUUCCGUUCUGGACGGCGUGGCCCGCGUGUUUGUCGGUGGCGCACAGCGCUACGCAAUGCGUAUCUGGCUUGAUCGUCAACAGCUUGCCGCGCGCAAUCUGACCGUUGCCGACGUCGAGAAUGCACUGCGCGCAAGUAAUGUGGAACUCCCAGCAGGAGAAGUUGAAUCCGAAGAACGCCGUUUCACCGUGCGAGUGGAACGCGCCUUUGAAGAUGCUGACGACUUCAGACAGCUGGUACUGGGUGAGAGCAGCGAUGGCUAUCUGGUUCGCCUUGGUGAUGUCGCCCGGGUUGAACGAGGCACGGAACAGGAUCGUACGCUGUUCCGCGGUAACGGCAUUCCCCAGGUUGGGCUUGGCGUCGUGCGUCAGUCCAACGCGAAUCUGCUGGAUGUUGCUCGCGCCGCCAAACGCGAGAUGGCGUUGUUAGGACCAGGCCUGCCGGAAGGCAUGGCAUUCAAGCAAAGCUAUGACUCGUCUAUUUUUGUUGAAGGCGCCGUUAACGAAGUCUACAAAACCCUCGGAAUUGCCGUAUUCCUUGUGGUGCUAACCAUCUACCUGUUCCUGGGCAGCGUUCGCGCCAUGCUGGUACCUGCGCUGACCGUGCCUGUAUCCAUCAUCGCCACCUGUAUCGCCUUAUACACGCUGGAUUUUUCCAUCAACCUGCUGACGCUGCUGGCCCUGGUGCUGGCGAUCGGCCUGGUGGUCGAUGACGCCAUUGUCAUGCUGGAAAAUAUUCACCGCAGAAUAGAUCAGUUAGGCGAACCGCCGAUAGUGGCGGCUUAUCGUGGUGCCCGCCAGGUUGGCUUUGCGAUUGUUGCGACAACGGCUGUACUGCUUGCCGUAUUUGUCCCCAUCGCUUUUCUCGAAGGUGACAUCGGCCGGCUGUUUUCAGAAUUUGCGCUGACGAUGGCUGCCGCAGUGGUUUUCUCAUCGCUGGUCGCACUGACCCUGGCGCCGGCGCUGGCCUCCAAAGUGCUGCGAUCCAGCGAAAGCGAAAACUGGCUGACGCGACGUAUCGACCACAACUUCACCGUCGUCAACCGCAUCUAUCGACGCGCGCUAGGCUAUGUCUUAAAACACCCCGUGCUGCCGAUGGUUGUUCUCGCCGGGUUAAUCGCCAGUAGCGUGUGGUUGGUGAAAGUGCUGCCGGAAGAAUAUACCCCCGACGAAGACCGAGGCAGUUUCUUCACGUUUGUACGCGGCCCAGAAGGCGCUACAUUCGAGUAUAUGAAACCCUACGUUGAUGAGAUAGAACGUCGCCUCAUGCCUUAUGUCGAAACCGGUGAAGUGCGCCGUGUGCUGGUGCGCACACCUGGUGGAUUUGGUGCUAUUCCAACCUUCAACACCGGCGCUGUCAUCAUUGUCCUCAGUGACUUCGGCCAACGUCGUCCAGGCAAAGUGAUCAUGGACGAGGUUCGCGCCAAACUGAUGGACUUACCGGGCGUCUUUGCCUUCCCUGUCAUGCGCCAGGGAUUCCGUUCCAGCGCAGAUAAACCACUACAGUUUGUCAUAGGUGGCGGCGAGUACGAACAGCUGCGGGCAUGGCGGGACGUGCUGAUUGAAGAAAUCAACGCCAACAACCCGGGGCUGGUGGGUCUGGACUGGGACUACAAAGAAACCCAACCUCAGCUGCGUGUGCGCAUCGAUUACAACCGCUCAGCAGACCUCGGCGUGCCCAUUGUAGAUAUCGGCAGAACCCUGGAAACACUGCUUGGGUCGCGCAGGGUCACCACAUAUAUGCAAAAUGGCGAAGAGUACGAAGUCAUUCUUGAAGGCGAGCGCGACACGCAACAGACCCCCGCGGCGAUGGAAAAUAUCUACGUUCGCUCGACAACCACCAAUCAGCUCAUACCUCUGGCUAACCUUGUCACGAUUGAAGAAUAUGCGGAUUCGAACAGACUCAACCGAUACAACCGGGUACGCGCGAUUACCUUGGAGGCGAACCUUGCGCCUGGGCUUGCGUUAAACGAAGCCGUCGAAUAUCUGACCACUCUGGUGAGAGAGAAGCUACCCGAAGGGGUGGUGAUCGACUACAAAGGCCAGACGCGUGACCUGCAGGAAUCGGAGUCGUCCAUCGUAUUUGUCAUGCUGUUGGGUCUUGCUGUGGUUUUCCUUGCACUGGCGGCCCAGUUUGAAAGUUUCAGACACCCUCUGACCAUCAUGCUCACGGUGCCGAUUGCCAUUACCGGUGGCCUUCUGGGACUAUGGUUAACCGGCAUGACCAUCAACAUCUACAGCCAGAUUGGCCUGGUUAUGCUGAUUGGUCUGGCUGCAAAAAAUGGCAUUCUGAUUGUUGAGUUCGCCAAUCAGUUGCGCGAUGAAGGGGUCGAGUUUAUCGAAGCCCUGAUCAGCGCAUGUGAAGUGCGCCUGCGCCCCAUCGUGAUGACCACAAUUACAACCGCAGCGGGCACCCUGCCCCUGAUAUUCGGCAGCGGACCAGGCGCCGAAACCCGUGAAGUCAUUGGUAUUGUUGUAUUCAGCGGCGUAACCGUCGCAACGUUAUUCACGCUGUUUAUUGUGCCGGUCAUGUACAAACUCAUUUCAGGUGAAAGCGCAUCCCCACUGGCAACCAGCCGCGAACUGGAUACUGCACUGGAGGAAAACCCGGACACCGAUCAGUUGCUCGACACAAAUCGAGUUUAG